AAGAGAAAGGAAAUGAAAAAUAGAGCAAGAUACCCACCUAAAAUGGCAGGUUUUAGUGCAAGGCAAGAUUUACUAAUCCUUAUUCUACUUGGAAUCUUAGCUGCAGUACUUGUCUUCCCUAGCACUCAUGUGAAGGGUCAAAACUGUGGUUGUGGACCAAACUUAUGCUGCAGCCAGUUCGGGUAUUGUGGCACUGGCAAUGACUACUGCGGCUCGGGGUGCAAAGAAGGCCCCUGUACUAAUACUUCAUCAUUUCCCCAGACAUAUUACUGUCUGCCCUUCUUUGCUAGCUCUAUCGAUGUUUCGGUGGCUGAUUUUGUGACGGAAGAUUUCUUUAAUGGGAUACUUAAUGAGGCCGGUACCAGACACUGUCCAGGGAAGAGCUUCUAUACUAGAGCAGCCUUUCUUGAUGCUGUUAGCGCGUAUAAAAAUCAGUUCGCCGCCGGUUCUGUUGAUGAUUCCAAGCGUGAGAUUGCAGCUUUCUUCGCCAAUGUUGGUAUUUUGACUGAAUCUUUGUGCUAUAUAGAAGAGACAGAUGGUGCUUCGCGGGACUACUACUGUGACGAGACCAACACGCGAUAUCCAUGUAAAUCUAACAAGAAAUACUAUGGUCGUGGACCCCUUCAGUUAACUUGGAAUUAUAAUUAUGGAGCAGCUGGAAAUAACAUUGGAUUCGACGUAUUAAACUAUCCUGAACUCGUGGCGGAAGACCCUAUUAUUUCUUUUAAAACCGCCUUGUGGUAUUGGAUGACCAAUGUACACCAAAAACUAAGUCAUAAAGGAGGAUUCGCUGCAACAAUUCAAGCCAUGAACGGUGCAAUUGAAUGCAACGGUGGAAACCCUAGUGAAGUCCGAUCUCUUAUUGGGUAG